AUGGUUCAGAUCAGCGAGGUGAAGGGCAAUUCGCGGGAGAACAGAACAGCAGCACAUACGCACAUCAAAGGGCUGGGUCUACGAUCAGAUGGCGCAGCUGAACAUAUCAGCAGUGGUUUUGUCGGCCAGGCCGCUGCCAGAGAAGCAUGUGGAGUUGUCGUCGACCUGAUAAAGUCAAAGAAGAUGGCUGGACGCGCAGUAUUACUUGCCGGAGGACCAGGAACUGGAAAAACAGCUUUAGCUCUCGCCAUUUCGCAAGAGUUGGGAACAAAAGUACCCUUCUGUCCGAUCGUUGGCAGCGAGGUCUUCUCAGCAGAGGUCAAGAAGACAGAAGCUCUUAUGGAGAAUUUUCGUCGGGCCAUUGGUUUGCGUGUUCGUGAGACAAAGGAGGUUUACGAAGGGGAGGUGACGGAGCUCACUCCCGAAGAGGCUGAAAACCCAUUAGGUGGCUACGGGCGGACGAUAAGUCAUUUAAUCAUCGGACUCAAGUCAGCUCGAGGCACCAAGAAAUUACGACUGGACCCAAGCAUAUACGAAGCUAUUCAAAAGGAGAAGGUUGCGGUCGGAGACGUCAUCUACAUUGAAGCCAACACUGGGGCCUGCAAACGCGUUGGGCGAUCAGAUGCGUACGCAACAGAGUUCGACCUGGAAGCAGAAGAAUACGUUCCCGUUCCAAAGGGCGAAGUCCACAAGAAGAAAGAAAUCGUACAAGAUGUUACACUCCAUGAUCUUGACGUCGCCAACGCAAGACCACAAGGCGGUCAGGAUAUAAUGAGUAUGAUGGGCCAACUUAUGAAACAAAAGAAGACCGAAAUCACGGAUAAACUACGGCAGGAGAUCAAUAAAGUCGUUAACCGCUAUAUUGAUCAAGGCGUCGCCGAGCUAGUCCCCGGCGUCCUUUUCAUUGAUGAAGUCCACAUGCUCGACAUCGAAUGCUUCACGUACCUCAACCGCGCCCUCGAAUCCACUAUCUCCCCCAUCGUCAUCCUCGCCUCCAACCGCGGCAACACCGUCGUGCGAGGAACCGGCGACAUCGUCGCAGCCCACGGCAUCCCUCCAGACCUCCUUGCCCGCCUCCUCAUCAUCCCAACCCACCCUUAUAGCCCCGAAGAAAUCAAAACCAUCGUGCGCCUCCGUGCAAAGACGGAAGGCUUGCAGAUUACCGACGCGGCCCUGGAGAAAGUCGCCGCACACGGUGCGAAGGUUAGCCUCCGGUAUGCGCUCCAGCUACUCACUCCUGCGAGUAUACUGGCACGGGUGAACGGUCGGCCUGGUGGGAUCGAAGAGGCGGAUAUCGCAGAGUGUGAAGAUCUAUUUAUUGAUGCAAAAAGGAGUGCGGAUAUUGUUUCAAAGGAAACAGGGGGCUUUAUUUCUUGA